UGCGAGCUGUCAGGGGCUGGCGCGGAGGUCAAGCGCGAGAAGGCCCAGGUGCCGGCGAGCCCCGCCGGGGAUGGCCAGCCGCUUUGCGCCCGGCCCGACCCGGAGGGCGGUCAGGUGCAAGGGGGCGGGGGCUCCUGUCGUCCGGCCGCGGGACCGGGGCGGGCCGGCCGGCGGGGCAUUUAAACCCCGCUGACAGCCGGCCUGGGACUCGCACCCGGCUUGCGCCCUCCUCCGUCGACUGAGCUUCGGAUACCGGCCGAGCAAGAUGCGGUCCUCCCUGGCUCCGGGAGUCUGGUUCCUCCGUGCCUUCUCCAGGGACAGCUGGUUCCGCGGUUUCAUCCUGCUGCUGACCUUCCUCAUUUAUACCUGUUACCACAUGUCCAGGAAGCCCAUCAGCGUCGUCAAGAGUCGCCUGCACCAGAACUGCUCGGAGCUGGAGCCCGUCAACAACACCCACAGCCCCAAUGACACCACGUGGUGCAGCUGGGCCCCAUUCGACCAGGACAACUACAAGGAGUUGCUGGGGGCUGUGGACAACGCCUUCCUUGUGGCCUAUGCCAUUGGCAUGUUUAUCAGUGGGAUUUUUGGGGAGCGGCUCCCCCUCCGUUAUUACCUGUCAACUGGAAUGCUACUCAGUGGCCUUUUCACGUCGCUCUUUGGCCUGGGAUAUUUCUGGAACAUCCACAUGCUCUGGUACUUUGUGCUCAUCCAGAUCUGCAAUGGCCUCGUCCAGACCACAGGCUGGCCCUCCGUGGUGACCUGCGUUGGCAACUGGUUCGGAAAGGGGAAGCGGGGGCUCAUCAUGGGCGUCUGGAAUUCCCACACAUCCGUGGGUAACAUCCUGGGCUCCCUGAUCGCCGGCAUCUGGGUGAACGACCAGUGGGGCCUGUCGUUUGUGGUCCCUGGCAUCAUCACCGGGGCUGUGGGUGUCCUCACCUUCCUCUUCCUCAUCGAAUAUCCAGAGGACGUGGACUGCACCCCUCCUCAGCACCACGGCGGGCCAGACGAGGACCAGGACAACCCUGAGGACCCCGGGAAUGGUCCCUAUUCUAACAGGGACAGCAGCCUGGAGGCUGCGACCAGCUCCAAGGAGCCUUGCGCUGAGCCUGCUGCCAUCAGCUUCCUGGGGGCGCUCAGGAUCCCGGGUGUGAUCGAGUUCUCUUUGUGCCUGCUUUUUGCGAAGCUGGUCAGCUACACCUUCCUCUACUGGCUGCCCCUCUACAUCUUCAAUGUGGCCCACUUCAGUGCCAAGGAGGCCGGGGACCUAUCCACGCUCUUCGAUGUCGGCGGCAUCAUAGGUGGCAUCAUGGCAGGGCUCAUCUCGGACUAUACCAACGGCAGGGCCACCACUUGCUGCGUCAUGCUGAUCCUGGCUGCCCCCAUGAUGUUCCUGUACAACUACAUUGGCCAGAACGGGGUCAUCAGUUCCAUAGUGAUGCUGAUCAUCUGCGGGGCCCUGGUCAACGGCCCUUACUCACUCAUCACCACCGCUGUCUCCGCUGACCUGGGCACUCACCAGAGCCUGAAGGGCAACGCCAAGGCCCUCUCCACCGUCACGGCCAUCAUCGACGGCACCGGCUCCGUAGGUGCGGCUCUGGGACCUCUGCUGGCCGGGCUCAUAUCCCCCACGGGCUGGAACAAUGUCUUCUACAUGCUCAUCUCUGCCGAUGUGCUGGCCUGUUUGCUCCUCUGCCGGUUGGUGUACAAAGAGAUCCUGGCUUGGAAGGCAUCCCUGAGCAGAGGCAGAGGCUCUAGUUUGGCCCUAACCUGCCCGCGAUAGUAUUUUCCUCAAGUCCCAUGACUUUUGUAUAAAGAAAUAUGAGGCCCCGAUUGGAGGAGAAGCAUGGAGGGUCCCAGCAGGGUCCCCAAAGUGAAAGACACUGGAAACGUCCAUGGUUGGGUUUGGCAAAACCUCUUCCUCCAACAUCAGCCCACUCAGCUCAGCUUAGCCCAACGCAGCUGAACUCAGCUCACAGGGCUGCUAAGAGAAUGGGAGAUUCUGCACGGGACGGGGACUGCCAAGCAUGAGGAAAUGGGAGAUUCAAGGGCCUGAGCUUGCGCACUGUGAUGGAAGUACCACUGCGGUUCUGCCAGGACUGGGACGAGGGUGAGGCAAAGAGCGACCUCGGGCACAGAACUCAGAGGAGCACUCGCUCUCAGGCCUGUGCACCUGCCAACCCUUGCCUUACGCUGGUCCUAGCCCGGCUGUCACAGUGCAAGAUGACAUCUGGGUCAGCGUGGUUGUGAGGCCAGGAUGAAGGGGCAGGACUGAAAAUACCAGUGUGUGCAGUAAGAACUUUGAGAAUGAAUGCUGAUUGUUACUGAGUGCCCACUGCAUGCCAGCUCUUCUCUGGGGCUGGAGCCGACGGUGGGCACAGGCAAAGGACUUUGCCCUCAGCACAGGCACUAUGGUGACCUAAACAAGCAGGUCAUGAGUGAGCCAGCAGGUGCAUUCCUGUGGCUGCUCUGUAUGCAGAUCAUUGCAUGGGCCACCCGUAGCCCCUUCUCUACCCUGUGUUCCUACCUUCCACCCCUGUCUUGGGAGUCCUGCGUUGCUACAGGUGGCGCUGGCUCUUGGCAUUGCCACCUGACCUCUACAGCUGCCCAUCAGCGCCAAUACAGAUUUCUUUUGCCA